AUGACUUCCCCGGGGAAAUCGCCGAGAUCCGACCGGAAAUCGCCGACGGUUGUCACCGUGCAGCCGUCUUCUCCCAGAUUCCCGAUCGGCACACCGACAUCUGGAGCUCAGCGCAAGAUCGGGAUCGCAGUCGAUCUGAGCGACGAGAGUGCCUACGCAGUCCAAUGGGCCGUUCAGAACUACCUCCGAUCAGGAGACGCCGUCGUACUCCUCCACGUUCAGCCGACGAGCGUCCUCUACGGCGCCGACUGGGGAGCCAUUGACCUGUCGCCGCAGUGGGACCCGGAUAACGAGGAGUCUCAGAGGAAGCUGGAGGACGAUUUCGACAUUUUCACCAACAAGAAGGCGAGCGACGUUUCUCAACCGUUGGUGGAGGCGGAGAUUCCGUUUAAGAUUCACAUCGUCAAGGAUCACGAUAUGAAGGAGAGGCUGUGUUUGGAGGUGGAGAGGUUAGGGCUGAGCACUUUGGUCAUGGGAAGCAGAGGAUUCGGCGCUACGAAGCGGAGCAGCAAAGGGAGAUUGGGGAGCGUCAGCGAUUACUCUGUUCACCACUGUGCUUGUCCGGUGGUGGUUGUUAGGUUUCCGGAUGAAAAGGACGGAGAAGAUGAGACGUCAGGGGAAAAUGGAGGUGAGAGUCUGGUGGAUAGUGAUAAACUUCAUACAGUGCCUGAGGUCGCUGAAGAAGAAGGAGACAAGGAUGAGUACCAUGAUGCUUCAGAUAAGCAGCAGCAGAAGCAAGUUUGA